AUGACGGACGCCCAGUAUGUCCUCUGCAGAUGGAAGAGGCGAUGGUGGCCGGCCAAGGUUUUGUCCAGAACCGAGACUCCAACAAAAAAUAAGAGAAAAAAGGAUUUUUUUCUAGAUGUGCAAAUCCUCUCCCUAGAUGAAAAAAUUCAGGUGAGAAGCUCAGGAGUGCAGAGCUUGUCGAAGUCUCAGAUUGAAGACAUUGCUUCCUUGCUAGCCUCCCAGAAUGAGGCCCCGGCCCCCGCCCUGGAGGAGCUGGCCUACAGACGCUCGCUGCGAGUGGCCCUGGACGUUCUCAACGAGGCGGCCGCCUCGAGUCCAGACGGCGCGGCCGGGGGAGGCAGGGCAGCCCCGGCCCCGAGCCCGCAGCCUGCGGACCUGGCGCUUGGUCUCCUCCCUGACGGCGCUUUGGGCCGGUCCCCACCUGGACGGAGAGGGCGAGCUGUGCACAGCCUGCUGAGUGCGUCCCCUUCGGAAAAGGAGCCUGGGGUCCCAGGCUGUCCACUGACCUCACUCGAGGCGGGCAGGCUGGGGUCACGGGGCAGAGGCCGAUCGCAGACCCUCCGAAGAACCCCGGCUCCCAGCCCCAGCUCUCCGCACAGUGGGUCUUCACCCGAAGCAAGCAAGGAGAACGAGAGUAAGAGGGCGGGCAGCCCCUGUCCUGGCUUCACGCUCUGGGGCCGGGGGGACAACACACUGUCAGAGGUCAGAGAGCCUUGGGUCACCAGUGGGGGGGCCCCUGCUCUCUCAGCUUGGCGACAGAAGACAAGUGAGUCCUGCCAGGAGACGCCGGCCCACUGGCCAAACUGCCCUGACCCCAGAGAGGUCCCAGCGAAGAGGCUGCGCCUGGAGGAGCCGGAGCCCGCGGGGUGCGUGGCCCCACACAGUGCCAGGCACGCCUCCGAGCCCCACCCCCCGGAGCCGGAGAAGGCAGAGGAAGGGAACAAGCCAGCCACUGCGGUGCCCCCGUUCCUUCAAGAAGCUCCAAGAGGGUCCUUUCCCUCGAGCGUUUUCUUCAAAGGCCUUUUAAAAGAAGUGGCCCUGUUUGAACUCGCAGCCGGAGCCCUUGGCCACCAAUCUUCUGAGGGGUCCGUGGAGUUGAGUCCCCUUGAUUCUGUCCUGGAGGAAGAUGAAGAGGAAGAAGAGCCCCCCAGAAUCCUGCUGUAUCACGAACCACGUUCGUUUGAGGUGGGCAUGCUGGUCUGGCUCAAGUACCAGAAGUACCCGUUCUGGCCCGCAGUGGUCAAAAGCCUCAGGCGACGAGAUAAGAAAGCAAGUGUGCUCUUCAUAGAAGGAAACAUGAACCCGAAAGGGAGAGGCAUCACUGUGUCUCUCCGGAGACUGAAGCACUUUGACUGCAAGGAGAAGCAGGUCCUGCUGCACGAGGCCAAGCAGGACUUCGAGCAGGCUGUUGGAUGGUGUGUGGCCCUCAUCACCGACUACAGGGUCCGGCUAGGGUGUGGCUCAUUCACCGGCUCGUUCCUGGAAUACUACGCUGCGGACAUAAGCUACCCCGUGCGCAAGUCCAUCCAGCAGGACGUCCUGGGGGCCACCUUCCCUCAGCUGAGUGGGGUGGACCCCGAGGAGCCCGAGGCCGCCAGCCCCCAGCCCCACAGCCCGCCCUGCCGCAAGGUGCUCCCAGACCGGUCCCGGGCAGCCCGAGACCGCGCCAACCGGAAGCUGGUGGAGUACAUCGUGAAGGCCCGGGGCGCCGAGAGCCACCUGCACGCCAUCCUCAGGAGCCAGAAGCCGUCGCGCUGGCUCAAGACCUUCCUGAGCUCCAGCCAGUACAUGACCUGCGUGGAGACGUACCUGGAGGACGAGGAGCAGCUGGACCUGGUGGUGAAGUACCUGCAGGGCGUCUACCAGGACACGGGCAGCACCGCCCUGACACGCCUGCACGGGGACCCCAUCCGCUUCAUCCUGGACGUGCUGCUGCCCGAGGCCAUUAUCUGUGCCAUUGCUGCGGUGGACGAGGUUGACUACAAGACGGCGGAAGAGAAGUACGUCCGAGGACCGUCUCUCAGCUACCGGGAGAAGGAGAUAUUUGACAAGCAGCUUCUGGAGGAGAGGAGUCGGCGGCGCCGGUGA